UUACUACCGGAGGAAAUCCGAAACUCAGGAAAAAUGGAAGUAGAAACGGAAGACCCAUGGGAAGCACUCGACCUUGACGAUUCAGACCUCCCUUCUUUUCUGCCCCCUCGCAAGCGCAAACCCCAACUCUCUUCCCCCCCAAACCCCGAAAAAUCCUUCGCCGAAUCCCCAUUUCUCCAACCCUGCUCUCUCCUUUCCGGACGAGCCACAACCCAAAACCCUCUCUCCCACCCACUUUCGCCGCACUCUGAAUCGGAGCAUCACAUUCCAGGCCCUGCCGGAGCAGUACAGGCUGCAAUGUUUCGGAAACGUCAGAAUCCGGGCAAUCAGGCUUACAUUGGGGAAGAGCUCGUUGCUACUCAGGAGUACAUUAGGAGGGCUGUGGAGGACCCUGGCGGCGAAGACGAGGAUUUUUCACGGGAUCCCUGGCUUGUCACUGUGGACUUUAUUCGUCGUGAAGGUUUGGCGGAUGGAGAUGGAGGGGCAAUUGGGACUCCCUUGAGUUCGAUAAAGAAUGGGCUUCCAAUGUACAAAGUAAAUCAGGUUGUUGCCAUUGUUAAAUCUUGCACCCCAAAUGGCCUUGGUGAUCUGAUGGUGACCCUUAAGGACCCUACAGAUACAAUUGAUGCUAGUAUUCAUCGGAAAGUCCUUGUUGAGGGGGACUAUGGAAAGGAGAUAUCAGUUGGCACUGUAUUGAUACUCCAGAAGGUUGCAGUUUUUUCCCCAUCGCCCUCUGUUCAUUAUCUCAAUAUCACAGUUGGCAAUGUUGUUAAGGUUUUCUCGAAGGACAAGGGAUUGCCAUCCAGGCAGACAGCAUCAACAGUCAAAUUUGCAAUUCAUGGUUUUGGAAACAGCAAACAGCCAUUGGUUGAACAGGGAAGAAAUGACGAAACCAGUUAUAAUCUCAGACAGGCUGCUAAUGCAAGAGGGGGAGAGCAAAGUGAUAAAGGAAUUGAAGGAGAUGAAAAUUUGGGAAGCAGCUGCUGCAGUGAUGGAAGCUACAAAAAUCAAAUUUCUGAUGCAGGGAAGGAACCCUCAUUGGUGAGACAGGAUGUGGUCAAUAUAAUGGAUAAGGUAGGACUUGGACAUCGUACCAACACUCAUGACCAAGUGGCUAUUGUGGGCAAGCAGGCCAGUGCAGGAAAUGAGGCAAGCAGAGACAACCAAUUGGAUAACAUCCAAAGCAGUGUGUCUGCAGCAAAAAUGGUUGGGAUCAAUGAUAAGCAAGAAAAUGAAACCAUACAGGGAGAGAAGCAGGGAAAACCACUAAUGUCAAGAGGUGCACUCCCUCAUUGGACAGAUGAGCAGCUAGAUGAGUUAUUUGCAAUGGAAUGAGAUGAGAUGGCUGAUGUUUGAUCACAUUCACUUCUUUACAUUUUGAUUUGCCAAAAUUUUUCACUGUUGCAACUCAAAGUGUCACAUUCUUUGUGGAUAAGGACAGCUACAUUAGUCUUGGAAUGUAUAGAUCAAAUUUAACUAGAUUGUUUCAAUCUUUCAGCAUGAAAAUGCUUUAAAAGGAAUGCAAAGCGCGGACAUUUCAU